AUGGACCAGCCCCAGGUUCCUCAAUUGGAGGCCGGAGUGUCUAUUAAAAGAAAGAGGAGUCAAACAUCACGCCGGCCUAGACCCGAGGCUCAGCCCUUCCCUGAACAAUCCCCUGUUCCAUCAACUCCAGUUUCGGAUGACUUGAGUAAGGUCUCAAGUGAUGAGAAUGAUGGUGAUGGUAACUCGGGUGGGAAAAUGUUUAAUCUGAGUCAGUGCGUAUCGAGGUCUUUACCAGCUAUUGGGCCGGAUAGCGGAUCAAAUGCUAUUCUUGGUAAUGGUGUUAUAUGUGGCGGAUCAGAAAGUCAGAAUAAACUGAAAAAAGUUAAAUUGAAGGUUGGUGGUGUAACUUGCACGAUUGGAGCCAAAUUUAGUGCUAAUGGGACAUCGGGCAGUGUGUCCUCGUCUCCAACGUCUGAUAAGAAAAGAGGGCUGCAAGGUAUCCCGUGGAAGGAUUUCUCGAAAGGUAAUUUCAAUAUAGGGAAUGCCAUUGAGAAACCAGGAGAUAAGUUUGAUUCAGUUCGUAAGAGCAAAAGGGUUCCUAAAAGGCGAGUUCUCCAUGCGGAUUUUGACGAUGAUGAUGAUGCGGAUGAUGAGAUCCGGUACCUGGAGAAACUUAAGUCCUCAAAGAUGCACAAGGGGGGUAAAUACGACAAUUGGGAAGACGUUGGGAGGCUCGGGAGGAAACCCAGAACUGGAGACAUUGACUAUGAGGAGGAAGAAGAUGAACCAUCCUCUGAUGGUGAAGGAAUGAGAAGGAAAAAACUGAAAAAAGAUCUUUCAGAGUUGGACAUGGAAAACAAGAGAGAAAUUGCUCUUACAACUCGUCAAAGAGCCCUUCUAACCAAAGAUGCCUCUGCAUCUGGUCAAAUUGAGUUUCCAAAUGGCUUACCACCAGCCGCACCUCGAAAGCAAAAGGAAAAACUGUCAGAAGUGGAGCAACAGCUUAAGAAAGCCGAGGCUGCUCAGAGGCGGAGAAUGCAAAAUGAGAAAGCAGCCCGUGAAUCAGAGGCGGAGGCAAUUAGAAAGAUACUCGGGCAAGAUUCCAGUAGGAAGAAGAGAGAAGAAAAGAUGAAGAAGCGUCAGGAAGAGUUGGCACAGGAAAAGGCUGCUCAUGCACUAAUGCUUGCAUCAAACACCAUUAGAACGGUCAUGGGUCCUACAGGGACUACUGUCACAUUUCCACAGGAGUUGGGAUUGCCUAAAAUUUUUGAAUCUAUAUCCUGCAGUUAUCCUCCUCCACGAGAAAAAUGCGUGGGUCCCUUCUGUACCAAUGAUUAUAAGUACCGUGAUUCUAGGUUAAAGCUUCCUCUUUGUAGUCUUCAGUGUUACAAGGCAAUCAACGAGAAGAUUAAUGCUGGGAGGGCAUGCUAA